ACUCACUGGUGGGUUAUGGUAUUGCUUGAGAGAAUAAUUUUGCCUCAGGCACCAAAAAAUCAAACAUCUCAAAAUUUUAUGAUAUGCCCGCCAAACGCGAAAUCGCAUAGGAAAAAAUUCAUAUCAAUCAAAUUCACGCUCAUUACAAAUUCCACAUCUUGCGCAUAAACCAAAUAAAAUCAUCUACUCCUCCAGAAUCGCAAAAAUGUUCGCUCUCCGUCGCAACAUUCCCUCUACCCUCUCGCGCAACUUCUCCACCAGCGCUCGCAACAACUCUUUCGCCAAACUUACCCUCGUUGGUCGUCUUGCCGAUAAGCCUGAAGUAACUGCCACAAGCCAAGGACAGGAGAUUAUGAAAUAUGCCAUUGGUACGAGCAGUGGCAGGGGAGAGAACCAGAAGACAAGUUGGUUUCGCGUAGUGAGCUUUAUGCAAGAGGGACCACAAAGAGAUUUUAUCUCAAGUUUGGAAAAAGGGUAGGUUUUGUUCUUUGUGAGACGGAAUUGAUGAGUGCCGACAUUUUAAGGAAUGUUUCCAUUUAGCAUAUUCGAGCCUCGAGAUUCAAAGGAGGGAAUCUGACAGUACUUCUGCUAAUAUAUGUUUAGAACCUUGGUGUAUGUAGAGGCAGAGGCAACAAUGAACACCUAUCAAGAUGCUGAAGGAAAGAAUAAAAGUGCUAUGAACGCCGUUCAACGUAUACACGCCCUUUCCAUUAUCAUUAUAUUACCCAUCGGAAAUGCACAAGCUGACCCAUACCAAUUAGAGAGACUCGAGGUCCUUCAAUUCAAGAGGCCCCAAGAAGGAACCGAAUAAAUCAUCUGGUUAUGGCUGCAUGAAUGGUAUGAAAAUAGGAUGGAUAAUGGGAUGUAUCAAGGCUUACUUUUCGAUUCACGUGCGUAUGUAAUAUCGAACCUGGGCGGCGCAAAGGUAAUCUCACCAUACUUUCGAUGCAGUAUUUAAGGAGAGAUAUUGAUGAGAAUAUCACCAUUCGAGGCACCUUUCUCAAUACGGACAUCACAACUCAAAUCAAAAUCAUGAAUUGCACUUGUUCAC